AUGGUAGGUCGCAAACGUCCUGCGACAAGGUCAAGCACCCGGCGAGGUGCUGCAGCUGCGGUGCCAACUGGUGGAGAGAUCUACCAGGAUAUGCUCGCUGAGGCCGGCGUGAACCCACGAGAACCAUCGCCAGAGCGGCCUUUGAAACGACGUCGCGCUGGACCAAGCAAACCAGUCUCAGAUACAAGCAGUCCGGCUAAGCCAGUUUCUAAAAAAGCUCAGCCAGUUGAACCCCCUCAACCAGAGGCUGCAGAGGAAGAUGAUGACGAGGAUGAGGACAUUGAGUUCCAAGAUGUCGUCCUACCGCAGCCAACAAUGCAGACCAUGGAAUUAGAGUCCGAUGACGAAGAUGAGGAAGAAGACGUCAUGUUUGAGGAUGUGGACUUCACAGCAUCUCUCCAGGAUCUGGGCUCCAAGUCGGAAGAGCCCAAGUCCUUGGAACUUAAUCUCACAGCCCAUCAAUCAUCUACAUCCCAAGGCAAAAGGGCUGCCGAAAGGCGCAAACCAAUUACCAGAGAAGAGCGCAAGGUCAGGACUGAUAUUCAUAAGGCACAUCUAUUAUGCCUGUUGUCGCACGCGGCGCGUCGCAAUCAUUGGUGUAACGAUGGCAAAGUACAGGAUUACCUGCAGCCGCACUUAACCGACAAGACAGUCAAUUACCUAACUCCCGGGGCCCACCUCCCGCAGUUUGGGCAAACGGAGAGUUUGAAAACCGGCCUCAAGCAGGCUGAAAACGUGUGGAAGACAAAAUAUGAAAUCACUGAAAGGGGUCUUAGACGAGCUCUGUGGGCCGAAGACCCUGAACAGCUGCAAGACUAUGAACCUCCCGAAGACAUGGAAAGCUGCUUAGAUCGCGAUGAUUUUCGUGAAGCAGCAAAGAAGCUACAAGGUUCUAGAGAUGUCGGGGCGCAACUUUAUUGCGCCCUUCUGCGAGGCGCCGGCGUACGCGCACGACUUGUUUGCUCGCUGCAGCCUCUAGCCUGUACAUCUGGCGCCCCAUCAAUGCCAAAGCCAAAACAAAAACAGAAGCAGGGCUUGACCAAAGCAGAGAAGAACGAGCAAGUGCGAGCUACCUUGGCUAAGUACCAAGAAAUGGCCAGUGCUGGCUAUGGUUCACCGAAUGGUGGUUCUUCAGCGCGUCGAAGGUUAGGACAUCCGAAUGCGACGGCAUAUAACUUCACGCCAACAAUAUCUCCUCCCAAGCCGCAGCCUACUUUUGAAACUCGCAAACGAAUAAAAGAAUCGCCUUAUCCAGUGUACUGGGUCGAAAUUUUGGAUGUUGGUCAUCAGAAGUGGCAACCAGUAGAUGCAGUGGUUACUCAUACGUUUUGGAAACCUAAAGCUUUGGAACCCCCUAUCACAGACAAGGAGAACUUUCUGUCUUACGUCGUUGCCUUUGAGGCGGACGGGACCGCGAAAGAUGUGACGCGAAGAUAUGCAAAGGCGUAUACAGCCAAAACACGAAGAUCAAGAGUUGAGACCGCGUCCGAAAGUGGCGAUGUCUGGUGGAGACAAGUCAUGAAGCUCUACGGCCGACGGCGGCGUACGGAUCUCGACCAAAUCGAGGAUAAUGAACUCGUCGGUAUCGAGGCGAGGGAACCAAUGCCGCGGAACGUACAAGACUUCAAAGACCAUCCUGUCUUCGCGCUCGAACGACAUCUACGACGUAACGAGGUUCUUGCACCAGGGGCUACACCAUCGGGAACCGUGGCCGCAGGUAGUAGAGGUCCGCUCGAAAAGAUUUAUCGGCGGAGGGAUGUGAAGGUGGCGAGAAGUGCAGAUAAAUGGUAUCGCUUGGGUCGAGAGGUGAAACCACUCGAAAUACCCGUCAAAUGGCUUCCAAAGAAGGUUAAGCCCAAGAAUCCGCUGGAUGACGACCGAGACGAGGAUGUUGAGGGCGAUGCCGGAACGCCAGUUUACACUGAAGACCAGACAGAGCUCUACGAACCACCACCUGUGAGAAACGGCCGAGUGCCGAAGAACAAGUUUGGAAACAUCGAUGUGUAUGUAUCAAGCAUGGUUCCUAAAGGAGGCGCACACAUCAUCCACGAGCACGCAGCGCGAGCAGCAUUCCUAGCCGGAGUCGACUACGCACCCGCCCUCACAGGCUUUUCAUUCAAAGGGCGCCACGGCACAGCUGUACUCAACGGCAUCGUAGUCGCGAAGGAGUACGAGGAAGGCGUGCGAACCAUCAUCGACAGUCUGGGCGGUCUGGAGCAAGAGAUGGAGGACGAGCGGAGAAGACACCGCGCAUACAGGGCGUGGAGGAAGUUCCUUUUGGCUUUGCGUAUCAGGGAACAGAUCUGGAGCGGAGUGGGUGCAGAUGAGAGGAAGGCCGCGGACGACAAAGCGGCGAAGGAGGCCCAGAUUGAUCAGGAAAUUGAGGAUGCGUCGAGCGAUGUUACUGAGGAGUUUGACAUGGCUGAGGAUGAUGAUAUGGGUGGUGGUUUUAUGGUGGAUUAG